AUGACCCCUUUCGCGGCUGGGAGGAGCGAUUCAACGAGGAUAUUGAAGGAUUUGGCUCCUGUCAUUAUGACCCCCCGAAUGAUCAAAGGUGUUGCGUCCGCCUCUUCCACAAUCUCUUCCCGGCACUUGGCACCCCGUGCCUCCGACUUUGCAGCCCUCGGUCGUGCACCACUGCGUCUCACUCUCCACCCACGGAGGAUCACCAGCGCCGACAUGCAGAUCCUGGAAGCAACUCCCGAGCUUUUGCACGCCGAUGUUCCCGAACCCCGAGGUGUUGAGAAGGAUGUGAGCUUGCUCAGGGGAUUUCAGGCGACGAUCCCGAGCAGCGAGAGAGGGAAGGUGAGACGGAGGAAGGUGAGAAUGAGUGAGGGUAGAGUGGGGCUCGCUGGGCGAGGUGCAGGGGAGAGGGGGCUUUUGACGGAAGAGAAUGAUGAAGGCGAACGACCGAGGGGUACACCUAGGAAAGGGAGAAAUCAAAGAAGGAAAGAGAGGGAGGCGGGGAGGGUGCUCAGUAGAGAGGAGCUGAGCACCCAGGUGGGGGAGAUCAGGAUCGAUAAAGAGAACCUGCAUGUUCGACGAGCGCUGGUCAACGCGGAUAUAGACGAGAUCACGCAGAAGAUCGCUGCGCUCGAUGCGAUACGCGAGCAGCUGCAUCAGGAUCUUCUCAGGAUGCAAGAGGAAGAACUAGAAUUAGACGACGAGCUGACUGGGGUACAGGAACAGCUUGCAGAGGCGGACAGUCGGAAGCCGGAGGUGCCGAGUGCCGCUGCAAGACGAAAGAAAGGCCCUGCUUUCUUACCUUCAGAUCAUGACGACCUUCCCCCAGGCGUCGCAUUUAUGACACUGUCCCACAGCUCUCCCAUAACAAGCCUAGACUUUUCAGAGCCGUACGGCACGCUGGUCAGCGCGGAUCGUUCAGGGAGCGUGCGCGUCUGGGACCUACUUGAGGGCGAAGAAAUCGGCCGACUACGGGGCCACGCAGGGUGUGUAAAAGCCCUGCAGGUCGAGGGUGACGUGUGUAUUUCAGGCGGAGAAGAUGGGGCAAUAAGAGUGUGGAGCUUGGGGAGGGUGGAGGAAGCCGAGGCGGCUCUGGAGGAACGAACUGAGAAACUGAAUGGGCAUGCUGAGCCCGCUGCUUCGGAGACUGGAGAGCAAACGGAGCAGACUGGGCCGCUCUUGCAUGUUCUUGAGGGCCAUUCAAAGGCGGUCACGGCACUGUAUUUUGAGGACACGAGCUUGGUGACUGGCGCCUCGGACAAGACCCUUCGUCAAUGGGACCUUACGACCGGCCAGUGUAUCCUCACGAUGGAUAUUCUCUGGGCGAUCUCCCAUCCCCCCGUAAGCCCAACCAUCGAUGGCCUCUCGCCGUCAGGCUUGCUCGCUGCUGCCUCGGGCUCCUUCUCCUGGCCCAUCCCGUCAACAGGGGAGAUGUGGACGGACUACGUCGGGGGCGUCCAGGCUUGGGGAUACGCGCUCGUGAGCGGGAGCGGGGACGGCGCGGUCAGGUUGUGGGAUAUGAGGACUGGCCAGCCGCAUAGGACUCUGCUGGGUCAUACCGCGCCAGUUACUUGUGUGCAGUUCGACGAGCUGAAUAUCCUCAGCGGAGGAUUGGACAAAACAGUGCGGAUAUGGGACCUCAGAAUGGGAAAUACGGUGGAUAUUAUCUCGUUCGACGGGCCUGUCACUAGCCUGCAGUUCGAUUCGCGCAAAGUCGUAGCCUGCGCAGGCGAAAAUGGGGUCAAGAUCUGGAACCGCACGAGUCGGCAGAUGUCCACCCUCAGCAUCAACGGGCAUACCCUGCCCGCAACAAAGAUCCGGUAUAUAGACCGAUACAUGGUCUCGGGUGGAGCGGACGGGGUGGUGAAGACGUGGGCGUUAUAG